GGCGAGCGAGAAUAUUAUUUCCUAGCAGGAAAGAAAACGGAAUAAUGGUUUCGUUAAAAAAGAAAUCGUUCGACCUGCCGACUGAUGGCACCACAGAAUACGCCAAUUAUUCCAGCGACUCGGAAUCCGACGAAUCACCGAAAUUUUAUCGACACCGAAAGCUUACAGCCGAGAAAAUGAAGUCAAAGGUACAUGUAGUAUGAAUUUAUGUAUAUAUACGGCAAUAGUACAAUACAAUUAUAUUGAAAGCAGGUUAUCAAUGCUGUCCUAUUUAGGCGAAUACUCAAUCUCAACAGUUUCCUUAUAUGUUUUACUGAUUUCUGUCAACACUACAAGUUUUAUAUGCCCGAUCAUACAAGCUUCCAAGUUGACCUGCGAACGGAGCAAAUACAAUAUGCUACAAAGAGCAUCAAAGAAUUUUCAACUGCGGACAAUAAUCCCUAAUAUUAUACUGAAAGUUUUAAAUAUGCCAGGCUUAUUUCGACACAUACCGACAACAAUAAAUUUUAUUACCCUGCAAGAUAUGUCGCAAUAUAAAACACUGUGUCAUUUAUUAUUUGGUAACCGAUUUCCCGUAGUAAAUUUUACCCGAUUUUACAAACGUAACAGGGCUUUUAAAUGCCUGUUUGUUAUGUCUAUACUAUAGUAACUAGUUUAGUUAUAAUAUAGACGAGAUCCGUAUCAAAGAAAAACAAUGGAUAUAUACUAUAUAGCAUUCAGCAACUGCUUGUUUUUAACCGUAUGUAUGUUUAUAAUAAUAGAACAGGGCAGUAGGCAAUGAAAGAGGUGAUCUUUAUGGCUUGUUAUUAAACGCAAAAUAUAUGAGGUUAUUAGGUGAUUAAGUGAGGGGCAAAUCGAAUAUGGGAAGAAUUAUCGCGCGAAAUUUGACGAAAAAUGCGUUCUCAUGGUAAACAGGCCAGCCUUAGCGACGUCCAUAUAGCCAAUUCAUGCGGCCCCUAUAUUUCCAAUAUUUUAAUAUUUACCCGAACUGUGAAAUUAAUUUUGGUGUAUGUUCCUAUCUCCACAUGAUUUUCGUUUAUAUUUAAACUUGUAAAUUUGAACUUGUUGGUUUUUUGCUAAAUAUGGAGGAAAGCUAAAAGAUAUCUUUUAGCUCCAUACAUUAUAUAUUUAUACGUUUAUAUACAUAUUGUCUGCUCCUACGCAUUUUAACAACCACCUGCUUGUGGGCGGACAAUUGACUGCUAUUCACGAAUAAUGUCGAUUAUAGAUUGCAUGUAUUUCUGUAUAUAUAUAUCACUGGUAAAAGUCAUAAAAGUGUGCAGUUCAUGAAUGCCAUUUAGAAAAUAUAAAAACUGCAGUCUUAACGUAUGAAUACCUAUAAUAUAAGCAGCAAAGUUUCAUAUCAUAUUCUAGAUAUUAAAAUUGACACAGUACAAAUAUUAUAUUUAUUUAAUAUAGGGACUUUAAUAAGCUUAAAUUUUGCUCUUCCUCUCCACAGCGCUAUAUCAAACAAGGCUUUUUGAAUAUGAAACAAAAAACUGGAUCUUUCCAGGUGAGUUAGCUAGUACUUUCAUAAAUAAUAUAGUUUGUGCAGAUUUAGAUCCAGAUACUGUUUGUGUGUGCUUGUCACCUUAACUUGUUAGUAAUCUAGAUAACUCAUCAGUGUGGAAAAUUGCUUUGGGCAGACAGAUAAAAUUUGCAUAUUUUUAAUGAAAAGCUUUAUUAUUAAGACAUAUCUUUAAUAGCUUUUAUUUGGUUUUCACAUAAAAAAAAUUGUGAAGAAAAUUUUUUUUUUAAUUUCUAAAAAUUUAACUGUUUCUAAUAAGGAUAAAAUGAAGAGAAAAGACAGUGAGAACAUUCAGCAAAUUUGUCUUAAUGUCUCCAAAACUAAUAUAUAUUAAUUUGAAAGCAUAUAAUUAAAAACUGUUGUCUCUAAGGGCCUGUUUAUAUGAUCCCGGCCAGGCGGGACGGGAUGCUCACCGAGAUCCCGCUUGUAAUACAAAUUCUAAAGAGUGUUUAUAUGAUCCUGUCACUUAUCCCGCCUAGACGGGAUCUUGGCAACAGAUGCCGGGAUCCCGCCUAAGCGAGAUGAAAAAUUCUCAUAUAAACGCUUCAUCCCGCCUAGCCAGGACGAAAAAUUCCCAUGUAAACACUUCAUCCCGGCUAGGCGGGAUGAACUUUUCCCUUUCGAGCAUGCGUAAAUGCCUUUAUUGCAACAAAAAUAUGACGUCAAGCACUUAAAUGGCUUCAUCCCGGUAAUGUAUUUUGUCCAUUUAAACACUAGGCAAGUAUCCCGUCUAAGCGGGAUGAAAACGUCCCGUCCCGUCUAGGCGGGAUCAUAUAAACAUGCCCUAAUAUUGGUCAUUUUAAUCAAUCCGCUACACCUGUGGCUGUACUGUAUUGAAUUAGCCAUGUGACAUUACUAUAUAAAACUGCUUAUUGUCUUAAAAGUUACUUGCAUGGAUCAUUGUGGAUGUUAUGAUUAAUGAGAAGAGGGGUGGUAAUGUCUUUUUGCCCUGUUUUAGAGAUGUAGUCAUUAAUCUAAUUGGCAUAUAUGUAUUAUAUAUGAUUCAACAAAUGAUUGCUAAGAAGUGUAUGAAUAAGCUUGAAUUGUUGUAAAAAUAUGUACAACUCAGGAUUCUGUCCAGGACCGGUAUCUGCCGAUCCUGACACAAUACUUUUCUUGGCAGAUUUUUUAAUCUGAAUUGUCAUCAAAUUACUGGUAGCCAAUAUAAUCAAAUAUUCAAUACAUUUUGAGUGCCGGAUGGAAAAAUCUGCUUUGGUGUGAACGGUGGGUAGCACUGACGAUUGUAUGUUCAUCUAAUUUGGAGUAUGCCUUAUAAAAGACUUUUACUAAGAAGGCAGCAACAAUAAAACAUGUCAAUGAAAGUACUCUCUGUUGA